AUGGCGAGACCGUUCGAGAGGUUGAAAGGCCUCAACAUUGCUGCCUUGAUCGAAGAGGCAGUGAAUAAUAUCAAUCCCGAAAAAGGCUUGACGCACGAAGAAAUGGUUGACUACGUCUGUGAUAAAUUGGGCUUUGAGCAGACGAGGGUCCAGGCUAAAGUCAACGAGAUUCUCAACCUAGGAACCCAGACAGGAGCGCUGCUCGUCACAGACGGAAAAGGCUAUACCCUCAACGACAACAACAAACUCCGAAGACUGGCCUUGGACGCCGGAAGGAAGCCGAGGAAAGCGAAGAGGCGGCGGGAAAUCAGCAGAAAGAGACACCUACAGCGCAGAAGAUGA